CGCCUCUUUUGGCUGCGUGCUGGAAGGGAAAGAGGUAGGAGGGAGUAUGAGUCGUUUAACAGGAUCUGAGCUGAUGUGAGCUGCUAUCAGGAAACCAAAAAUGAAAGGAAUACAGGUCAACGACCUCCUGCGAUGCUUAUCGGUGUCCAAAACUGCUCCGCGUUUCUUUGAAAGACAGUUUCACACGCAGAUGCUCUCUCAAAACAAAGACUUGUCCACAGUAUCUCCAUCCAAGAGAGCAAGAACAGAAACAAAGCCUGAAGAUGAAAAAUAUGUGCUUAGAUUUUCUAAACUUUCGGAUUUUGCAACAACACCUACACGAGGUUCUGCAAAAGCAGCAGGAUAUGAUCUCUACAGUGCUUAUGAUUACUCCAUUGGUCCCCUGGAUAAGGCGAUUGUGAAGACAGACAUCCAGAUUGCUGUUCCUCAUGGCUGUUACGGCAGAGUUGCACCAAGAUCUGGACUGGCAGCUAAACACUUCAUUGAUGUUGGUGCUGGUGUUGUAGAUGAAGAUUACCGGGGUAAUGUAGGAGUCGUGCUCUUCAACUUUGGCAAAGAAACAUUUGAAGUGAAAAAGGGCGACAGAGUUGCUCAGCUGGUGUGUGAGAAAAUCUGCUACCCAGAUCUGGUGGAGGAAGAGACUCUCGAUGAAACUGUUCGUGGUGCUGGAGGCUUUGGAUCUACUGGGCGCAACUGAGGGCUCCAUAAUGUUACUGUAUUAGCAAUAAGUUGUUCUUUUAUGGUAAUAAAAUUAGGUGCUAAUAAAGUUCUUUUUUUAUACAGAAAA